AAACGGACAUGUUUUAUUUGAAGGUCAUUACUAGCCAGUUCGACAUGUUUUAGAAGCGACGGAAAUCCACUCUUUAGGUAAUUGUGACAUAGAUUAACGUAAAAUGUCAUCAGUGUUGCAAUGUAAGUAAAACAGGAACUGAGUCAGUCAUUGCACAAUACAAGAAUUUAAAAGAAAUCUCGGGUCGUGCGAGUCCUUCUGAACUGGAAUAUAUCACACUGUCGUCGUUGCUGUGGUUUUACUCUUUAUGCUGUAGUCGUUUUGUACUAUGGAUAUAGUGUAAUGAAAGAGCUUCGUUUCACCUUUGAGUAAUCCCAUUGACGAGGUAGGUUACCAGUCACGUGAGAGGACCUGUGCCCACCAACAUUUUACGCUGAGGGUCAGUAGUUGAAGUACAGGAGAAGUUUAUGCCCAUUUGCGUUUGUGAACAUAGUCCGUAUAAUUAAGAUACCGGUUCAUGAAAAGAGGAGGAUUACAAAUGGAGAAUUUUUUUGCAUAUAUGUUAGUUCUUCUUCUUCCCAUUCUGCUGUUAUUGUACCGACGGAUAGGUGACCGGAGGUAUAAGCUGCCCCCUGGACCCAAAGGUUGGCCGAUUUUCGGCAGCAUUUUUAGCAUAUCGCCUGAAAUGUCCCAUGUGGAUUACACAAGACUCUCUAGGGACUAUGGUGAUGUUACGUGUUUCAGCAUGGCCGGUGCUAACGUUGUUAUGCUGAACAGUGGACAGGCAAUCCGAGAAGCCCUGGUCAACGAAGAGACGAGAGACGCUUUCGCUGGCCGCCCUGAUAGCUUUUAUGUCAGGUAUUUAGAUAGCGGGCCGUCGACGGCUUUCAUGGAUUUCGGUGACAUUUGGCGAUUGCAGCGAAAAUUCUUUGUAAGAACACUGAAGAUCUUCGACGGCGGCCAGCAUGCGAUAGAGAAAACGAUUCACGAAGAAUUAUCAGUUGCCGUGAAGAUGAUCAACGACACACGAGAACAACCCUUCCAUAUCGACUCAAUCAUCGUACCGUCACUGGCAAAUAUCCUGCUUAUAUUGAUCGCCGGAAAACGGUUUGACUUCAAUGAUCCUGCUAUGAAAUCCGUUCUGGAGUUUGACGAUAUAGACUCUCGGAUACUGGCGGGUCAGAUCAUCAACAUACUCACGUGGUUUCCGUUUUUACGUCAUCUUCCGUUCGGAUACGGAAAAAUGUACCGGCAACAUCGGCAAGCACAGAUAAAAUGCAUACACUACUUCUUUGAUUUACCCAAGAAAACUUUUGACCCAUCAUUGACAAGAGGGUUUAUAGACGAACUGUUCCGACUUCAGUCUGACAAUCCUUGGCUGGGUGAUGCAAACAUUAAAGGCAUGAUUGGAGAAACCAUCGCAGCUGGUCUGGGCACCACGAGGGGAACGCUGUUGAGCUUUUUCCUCAUCAUUCUUCACAAGCCGCACGUCAUGAAGAAAAUUCAGGAAGAGAUCGAUACAGUGAUCGGGAGAGAUCGAUCACCGAAUCUGAGUGAUCGGGGAAAGAUGACGUACACAGAGGCUGCCACAAUGGAAACACUGCGCUACGUCUCUGUGACUCCUCUUGGGGUACCACGCACAACAACACGUGACGUGGGAUUUCAAGAUUAUGUGAUGCCGAGGAACACCUUAGUUUUCGCCAAUCAGUGGGCAGCACAUCAUGACGAGGCUGUUUGGGGAGAUCCUUGGGAGUUCCGGCCAGAACGAUUUCUGGAUGAAAAUGGACAGCUACUGCCUCUAGACAGCAAGAUAAGGAAAAGUUGGGUUCCGUUUGGAACGGGAAGGCGCAUUUGCUUGGGAGAGACGUUCGCCCGCUCUAGAAUAUUCCUCUUCAUCACCACCUUGUUACAGCAGUUUGAUUUCCGGCCUUGCGCAGAUGAACCCCUCCCAUCAUGUGAUCCAAGAGGUUUCCAGGGUGGAAUAAUACUGAAGGCUCCGAAAUACAAUAUUCGUGCUUUCCUUCGGCAGUAGUUGAGAGGAUGAGAUUCUCAGGGGAUCAGGUGUUAGGGAGUUAUCUUAGCCUGCAGUUGAUAGUGAAUUAUGUUCGUAGCGGGGAAAGUUGGUAGGGAUGGAUUUGGUAUAGGGCGAGGCUGGAAAGGGUUGUUGUUCGCAGAGGGACAAGGUUGGCAGCAAUAGACUUAGCAGGGUAUGAGGUUGACAGGAUUGGGUUUGCAGGAUAUGAGGUUGACAGUAAUGGGUUCAGCAGAGUAUGAGGUUGACAGGAUGGGGUUUGACUGUGGAUUAGGUUGGCAAGGAAUGGGAUAAGCAGAGGGCAAAGCUGGUAGACAUGGGUUUGGCAGACGAAAUAAGGUAGCAGGAAACAGGGUUCGCAGGUGGCAGAGUUGGCAGAAAUUGGGUGUUGUAUGUUUAUUCAUCUGUUUUAUUCAUUACACCAAAUCUGAGUAUAUUGCCGAAUAUUAUGUGCUACAAGGUUGAUACCUAUAUGAUAUCUUUACUUUAAUAAAUCCAUAAAAACUCUUGCUAACCUGAAAAAAUAAAUUGUUUACCUGUUGGGGAAUGUAUAUGCUUUAUAAUGUAAUUUAGUGAUUGGCAACAGAUUUGACAAAUUAGACGAUUGAUCGGUUAGCAUAAACCCAGUGUAAUAGGGAAUAUUCAGCUUCUUGCCGCAAAAAUACCAUAUUCGUUGUGUUUAUUUAUUUAUUUGAUUGGUGUUCUCGGGAAUAUUUCAUUAAUAGAACGGUGAACUCUUCUAAACUUUUGCACAUUAUUUGAAGACACGAGAGAUAAUUUCUGCUUGGACAUUGUUCUGCUGUAUUAUUACAGCAGGACAUCGUCUUGCAUAUGGCAUGUACAUCUCUUGUAUUAGUUUUUAGAUCCGAUGUGUUAUGUGACGAUUUCAGUCACAUUUCGUCACAGGCUGUUAUUGCUAAAACUGGUCUGUCAAGGACAUCCCAGCAGACGCCUGGUAAUCUUAUGUUUCUUAAUUUUUUCAAUGAAUACAGUUUCAUAAUUGUGUCUUCCCGUUAACCUAGGGGUUGUAUAUUAUAUUCAUCGGGUUGAAUUAGAUCGCCACUUUGGGUGUAUGAAUAUUUGCAAUUUAGGUGCAAUUAAGGCGCAACUGAGACACAUAUUUUACUUACCAUAGAAACUGACCUGGUGUACGAUUUAGACAUUUAAUUCAUUCGCCUAGAACACUCCUCGUCUUUUCAUGAAAGUUGUUGUCUGCUUUUCUUUGCAUGAAUUCGUCCUAAAAGUUGUUUAUUUACGCUUAGCUCUUCUGAGGCCUGGUACGUUAAAUGUGAUGACAUUACAGCAUUUUUAGUAACCAUAGACCAGUGACGUCUAAUAAAUUGCAAUUUGCAACUUUUUCUGGGAAAUUGGUCUUGCGAUUAUGUACAAAGGAUCUAAUGAAUGCUACAAGACGAUAUAUGCACAUGCCUCUUGUCGAAACGUCGGCGUGACAGAAAACCAUUUUGAUCUUUCUACAAAUACAUGUGUAGGUAAGAUGUACCAUCUGGUGAGUCUGUACCGGUAGUUUCCUCCACAUCUAGUGAAGUUGGAUAUAUAUCUUUCACAGGCUUUGCUAUAUACGGAUUGUUUGAAGCUAACAGACUAUUGUGGACUUUUUAACCUCAAACAAAACAGCUCUGCUGUAAUCUAACUAUGCAACAUGCAGGUCCCAAUAUUCGGCCCCAUUCCCAAAUGGUUUGUUAUCCAAUUCUCGGUCUUAAUAUUUCCCAAAUGGUGACACCUUGCACAACCAGCUCUUUUGGUCCCCACCUCUCUGUUUAUUGUUUCAGCCGUGGCAGUAAAUUUACUUGGUCAAAUUAACCAAAUCUCACUGUCCACCGCAGCUGCCGUAUCGUGUGGGACAAAAACCCUUCUGUCUGAUAUAAACUGGUUUCCGAUUGCAGGGUUAAAUAGAUUUAACUAAAACCUCUACAUAGACUGUUGGGGGCGGCGGCAUAUUCUUCGUGUUGAAUUAGAUCUCCACGUUGGAUAUAUGAAGUGCAAUUGAGAAAGACAGUUUGUUAUCAACAACUGGCAUUCUAGCAUGGUACACGAUUUGAAUACUGGUUUCACUCGGUCGCCUACAACAUAGCUUGCGCUUUUCCUACAUCAUUGACAACUGCUUCUUUCUUUAUUAUUCCGUCUUAUUUUCGUACUUUAUUUUCAUAGUUCUUUGGUAAUUUGUGUUAAAAGUCGUUGUGGGAAUUGGCCUUGAGAUUAUUGAUCCGGAACGUCCUUAUUGGUUGACGGCAGGUAUACGAAUCUCUGUUUCGACAAUCAAUGUGCCAUUGAAGAAAAAAGGUCUAAAAACAGACAUAUUUGUUCUUUAGGAAUAUUACUGAUACAAAGUGGUUAAAUCAUCCGGACUGCCUGGUUGUCUCUUUUUGUGAUAAAUUUAUCCAGGAUCCAUUUAUUCUGUUUCCAUGAUCAGGGUGCUAAUAGAUACAUACAAGUUUACUCUUUCAAUUAAAUAACCGUUAACUACAUUUUUGUCGAAAUAAAUACCU